CAUAGAAUUAACAUUUGUAGAUGUCCAUUUCUCCUAUAUUGAAACUUCCUUUAUUGUGACCUUAGUUAUGAAAAUACACCAAUAAUGGUUGAACCAGUCGUUUAAAAAUGCUUAUUUUUACUCAGCCUCCCAGAAAAGCCCCUCCCUGUUUUUCCUUUUGGCAUUUCUGCGUCGUCCCAACUGUUGCGCGGCAGCACCGGGGAGGUUUGCUGCCUCCAACUGGUGGAAGUGGCCGCAUGUUGGGUCUUUUCAAAGCGGCUGCCCCCUCUGUAACACCCACGUGUGCCUGGUGGCGGAGGCACUUUGUCUGCAAUUACGGUGGCAGUGGAGACGACAUGAGACAGCGGCAUGCUUCCCUCUGGGGUCACCACUUUCCCAUAUCAACACAACCGCCGGGUCACUCUCCCAGCUCCUCCCCCCACCCGGGGGCUCUUUCUCUCGCGGUCCAUUUCUCCACCUGCUCCCCGGAGGCACACUCAUUGUCCCCACGGCUAUAAACACUUCAUUGAGCAUGUGGCAGCCCUGCGCUCCCUCAAGCCCUUCCCAGCGCUCCUAUUGGCUCCGGGGACUGUGAGAAACUCCGACAGGACUCAGACUCACACAUUCAUAUGGAGAUGUGUGUGUAUAAAUACUGGACAGGAGCGGCGGAGACGGGGCAGCACAGACUCGACCCGGCUCUUCACGCUGAGCUGAAACGCUCCUCUUACUCUGCAGCCAUGGCGCCUACUGCUUACGGCCAAGCCAGCAAGGAGCACCUGACUCCCGCUCACAAGCUGAGAAAGCCGAUUGUGGAGAAAUUACGCAGAGACCGCAUCAACACCAGCAUCGAACAGCUGAAAUCCCUGCUGGGUCCCGAGUUUCUCCGGCAGCAGCCAGACUCGAAGCAGGAGAAGGCCGACAUCUUGGAGAUGGCCGUGUCGUACCUGAGGAGCUGGCAGCAGCACAUGACCUCCGGCCCCAUGACGGCCAGGGACGGCUACUCCCGCUGCGUCCAGGAGGCCGUCGGCUUCCUGUCCCGCUGCGAGGUCCAGACUCAGGCCCACCGGCUGCUCCUCGGCCACUUCCAGGGCCUGCAGGCGUCCGGCAGGAACGGCCUCGGCCCCGGCAGCCCCUCUCCGCCUGGCUCUCCCCUCCAUCGGGUCAGCUCCAGUAAGGGCCUGGGCCCGACCGGCGGCUCUCUGUGGAGACCCUGGUGAAACCUCCCAACAGAGAGAGAGAGAGAGA